AUGUUAAAUUAUUCAUUGAUGUCAUUUGCGCCGUUUAUGGUGGCCACCAUUUGGACCAUAUUCUUCGCGCUCAAUAUCAUAUACUCAAUAUUACUGGAAUACACGAACAUAGAGUACAAAGCAAAUGAAUGCGAUUAUAUUAAUCGUUUGACCAAACAAUUGAUAUCUACGGUCAUCUUACGGUCCUUCACAGUAAAGGGUGUGUCGGCCACAGUUGUCUGCGAGAUAUUGACCAUGAUUUUCGUGUCAUGGGUCACACGUAAGGGCGAAAUUGGAGAGUCCACCGCCAAACUCAUCAACGCAUCGGACAUUGGCAUCAAAUUCAGGUUCAGUAGUGUUCACACACAUAGGGCU